UUUGUGCUCGAGCUACAUGAAUCGGAAAGUGCAAAAAGUAUUGUCGAAUAUUUAAUUAUUAUUAUAUGAAAAUGUUCCGCUAGGAUUGUGUAUCUUAAUAAAAAUAAUAAAUCUAGAGCGGCAUUGGAGUUACACCGAGAAUUUUAAGGUAUUCCCAUCAUGCCUUCAACACACCUGAACUUACGAGAAGAUGAUGUUGUUCAAUUAGCAUUGGAGUUUCUUCACAAUAGAGAUUUGCACAUAACACAACUAUCUUUAGAACGAGAGACAGGUGUUAUAAAUGGAAAUUUUGCUGAUGAUGUCUUGUUUCUAAGGCAACUUAUUCUUGAUGGUCAAUGGGAUGAUGUUCUUGAGUUCAUACAACCACUAAGUACACUGAAAGCAUUUGAAGCAGUCAAAUUCAACUAUGCUAUAUUACGUCACAAAUACAUUGAGUUGUUGUGUAUCAGGUCUGAGAUAAAGGCUUAUAAUAAUGUAGAAAAUAUUGUCAAUGAAGUAGUCAAAGUCUUGAGUGAUUUAGAAAAACUAGCUCCAUCAAAAGAAGAAUAUUCAAACUUAUGCUUACUUCUCACCUUACCAAGUAUUACCGAUCAUGCCCAAUUUAAGAAAUGGAACCCUAGUAAUGCACGAGUUCAGUGCUUUAGAGAAGUAUAUCCAUUAGUAGAACAAUUUUUACCCUGUGAUAAAAAAUCAGGUGGGUCUACCUCAAAGUGUGCUAAAAAUGACAGAUUGAUGCAAUUACUUAUUAAAGGUAUUCUUUAUGAGUCCUGUGUAAAUUAUUGUCAAGCUAAAGCAACUGGGUCUAAAGAAGCUCAGUCUAAUGAAAUCCAAUUCUCACGAUUGUUGGAUGGCUCUGGAUUUGAUGAAUCAGAUUUAAGUUUAUUAUCAUGGCUUCAAUCAAUACCAGCAGAUACAUUUAGUGUACCGUUUGAACAAAGAAUGUUGGAUGUUGAUGUGGAAAAGUUGGAGAGACCAUCCUUGCACACCUCUUGGACAGAGCAUAUGCUUGUAACACCUAUAAAACCUCGCACCUUUCCACAUUUAGCAAUGCCAUUUAGAAGACCAAGAUCUGCAGCAGACGCUAUGACUAGGUCCUUAAGGCCUCUACCUGAUGGAGCUCCACGUCACCCAGCAGUGAUGGCAUUAUCAGCUAUUGAUUACAGUCCCACAUCUUCAUAUUUUGCUGGUUUUCAUCUUACUGGAAUGAAAGGCAAUAAGUUAAUGAAUACAUCAGUAGAUAGAUUGUUUGAUAAUAAACAUGAAAGUAUUUAUAGUGGCCUUAAUGAAUGUUUGAAACCAAUAGACGAGCAACUAAAGCCAAUAAGAGAGUGUUCAGAUACAACACACUCAAAAAAGGAUAGCAGCUUGGUUGCUUCAACAGCUACUACACCUGAACACAGGCAGGAUUUCUCACUCUCCACAUCAAUUUCAUCAACGGCAGUGGUUCCGGAGCAUAGUGUAAUAACAGACCAACCAGCUCAACAGUCAAAGCCAAUAACAAACUCUGGUGAAGGUGAUUUUCGGAGAGAACUUUUAAAAGAGUAUCAAAUACAAAAGCAAAGGGAAUGUGAUGACUAUAUACGAAAUCUCUGCUCUUCUGAAAUUGUGCCUCAAAAUCAGGUUGAAGAAACAGACAAUGCAGCAUGUGUUCUUCCUGCUUCAGUUAAAUACCAACCAAAUCCAAGUGACGAAGAGUUUAGAGACCAGACAAAAUACAGUGAGAACGGAAUCAGGAACGCGUUAGAAAUCCAAGUGAAAAUGACUAAAAACAGAAAUGGUGGUCACCAAGGAACGCAGAUGACAGCUCCCAGUGUUGAAAAUCUCGUGGAAGACAACGGCUCCAGGCCCACUUUCAAACCAGUGACAGUAUUAGAAGAUCUGCAAGCAGUGCGAUGCGCAGAUUUUCACCCAAAUGGCAAAGUGUACGCGGUUGGAUCGAAUACAAAGACGCUGAGGAUAUGCACAUACCCAAAGAUAGAAGACUUGAAAGAUGUAAGCACUCCUACGGCUCCUACGGUGCUUCUGAAAAGGACGAAGCACCACAAAGGAAGCAUCUACACACUUGCGUGGAGCCCUGCCGGCGACUUACUGGCAACUGGAUCCAACGACAAGACUGUCAAAUUGAUGAGAUUCAAUAGCCAUACAUGCAAUUUGGAGGGACAAGAGGUUGAACUGAGUAUGCAUGACGGCACUGUACGUGAUGUUUGCUUCAUCGAAGACACAACGAAUAAAGCGAGCCUUUUGGUGAGUGGCGGAGCUGGUGAUUGCAAAAUAUACGUCACCGACUGUGCAACCGGAAAACCUUUCCAGUCACUGGGCGGUCACUCCGGUCACGUGCUAUCACUUUACAACUGGGGUGGCGCGAUGUUCGUAUCAGGCAGUCAGGAUAAGACAGUUCGCUUCUGGGAUUUGCGCACGGGUGGCUGUGUCAAUGUUAUCUCGCCGCCCGCUGGUCACCCCGGAAAGGGUUCUGCCGUGGCGUCGUUGGCAGUCGACCCGAGCGGUAGGCUUCUAGUGUGCGGCCACGACGACGGCUCAUGCGCCCUGCACGACGUGCGAGGAUCAAGAGCGUUGCAGCGCUUCACACCACACUCCAGCGAUGUGAGAAGUGUGCGCUUCUCGCCCGGUGCUUACUACUUGCUCACCGCCGGCUACGACGGCCGAGUCGUUUUAACUGAUUUGCAAGGUGAUCUCACGUGUCCCCUACCAAGUGUUCCGGUGGCGAGACACCCGGAUAAGGUGAUAUCAGCCCGAUGGCACCCCGACGAUUUCUCCUUCCUGUCAACGAGCGCCGACCGAACCGCUGUGCUUUGGACAAUACCACCCGUUUAACGUUUUAGUAUUGAACACCUAAAUUGAUUUACCCAUUUAACUGCUCUCAGCUAAUUACCAAUUAUUAUAACCACAAAGAAUAAAAUUUAAUAUGUGAAACUUGACACUACGCGAGUGAUCACGAUGACAGAUGUUCUAUUUCUCUUGUAUAUUAUGAUAUACUUAAUAAUUUUGAAUUAUGCGCGCGUAAAUGUUGUCAUAGGCCGGUUAUGAUGUCACUCCUCAGAAACCAAUGAAAGAGCCGUAAAAAUUAUAAAUAAGCAAAACGUCAAACGGCCCGUCAUCUACUCUGAUUGGUGUUUCAGUUUACAGGACCGAUUUAAGAAUUUUAAUUAAAUAAUUUUAUCAUAUUUAUUCAAAAUAAAAAACAAAUCUUAUUACUAUAUUUACAAUACAAUUAUUAUAUUAUGAAUUUCAAUGUUUAUGUCAAACCUGAGUGAUUUUAAGAAUAGUUUCGUCAUAUUUAUUAAAAUCUUUAUUUUCUUCUUCAUCUCAAAUCUUUUCUGUCAUCAUACUCAUUAUUAAUAAUACAUCGGAUGGACACAAUCUUCAACGUAAACGUAUGAAUUAUGGAUGUCUCACAUUUAUUGUAUCUUAACGCAAACCUCUUCCAGUUGACUUCCAUCGUAAUUAUAGACGUCGAGGUUAAAGAAAAAGUAAGUAUUAAAGUAAUUUCUCAAGGUUUUGACCGAAUUGCUAGAGUUUUUAGAAAUUCGUCGCAAGUAAUAUACAUGCUCCUCCAAAGCUAGUCAUAAUGUCACAAAACAACAUUUUGAACAGUGAAAUCUGGAAUUUUUUGGAUUGUGCUUUUUGGGCACACUAGAAUAUAAUGAAAAGCUAUGUCACAAAUAUAGGUAUCUUAAAUUAUUGCAGUAUAAAAUGACAUGGAAUGCAAAACUAUAAUGGAAUUGAUAUAACUAGUUGUUAACAGAGCAACGCAAUGCCUAAUGCUAUGAGGCGUAGCUCACUCACAUUUAUAACCAUUGUUCUCGUCUCUGAUUCACCCAGCAUCAGUUUCAACUUUUUGACCUUUUACGACGGGUUAGGGCUCUGUGAGUGGCGACCGUCUCCUGUUAUUUUGCAGAAUUUCUUAUCUCUUACAAAUCUAUGACAAAGUGAGUUCGAAGAAAUGUUCACCAGAUGACCUCAUAUCUACUGCUAAUCCACACAUACUGAAAUAUGUUCGAUACUUAUAUUAUCCAUUACUCUAAUUUAAGCAUCUUCACUUAUAUAUUUAUUCUAAAGUUGUCCCUUAUCACCAAUUCACCGUAGGCUGUUUUAUUUUAAUAUACAAUUCGUGCCACAUUUCCUCACAACUUAUUGUUGAGUAUCAACUUUGAGGUCCAACCCAUAAUUCCAUUCGAAAUAUGACCUUAAUUGCUCUUUUAUGUUCUUCCAUUCCGUUAUAAAUGGUACUAAUAUGUUAAGACAAUUAUUAAUAAUUUAUGGUUGUCAAUAUUUCAACAAAUGUAGUUCUUAUAAUUACUUGUUUUGGUUGUGCAUCUUAUGUGAAUAGGACAUAUGGCUUUCCCCACGCGGAGUAGCUCUUAGCAAAGUAUGAACAAUUCUAUGUUAUAGAAUUUGUAUGAUGGCUUUACUUAUAUUUUUGUAAAAGUAUUUAAUAUUACUUAUUUCAGUUACUUAAACUAAUAUGUUGCAUGUAGAUACAGAAUAUUGUUAGUUAUUAAUAUUUUUUUUCAUUUAUCAUAAAGGCAAUAUUUUAAUAAUACUAUUGGUAAAUAUAGACAAGAACGUCUAUGAUUCAUUUUUGUAUUAGUUGUAUGGACAGAUUAGCUUAGGAUAUUGCGUAUAAGAAAUAGACACGCAUAAUAAGACACCUGCAUGAAUAGAUUUUUAACGCUAGCGAGCCUAAUCGAAUAUUCUAAUUUGCUAUUAAGUUAACUUAGAUAAUAAAAUUAUUAAUAACACAACAAUGUUAUGCUUAGUUGUUGUAUGAAAGUAUUCUUAUAAAUAAUGCUUGCACUACAUAUUCGAUAUCGUUACAGUAUUUGUAGUUGGCUUUUUGAUGUAAGGUAAAUAUUUUUUGUAUCUUAAAGGAAUUGUUGUUGCCGCAAUACGACUUGCAUUGCCCAGACUGAGAUUAAAAUUUAUACUUUUUCAAUUUUAACAAAUAGUUUUAACAAUUGAUGAAAGUGCAUACAGAUGUUUCGUGUAAUUCUACAAUGUUAAUAAAUUUAUGUACAUUUAUCUCACAUGUUUAAAACAUACAAGACAGAUGGGUUUUAACAAUUUUACAAAUAUUUAAACAUGCUUUGUUCUGAUUAAAGUGAUGUUAUUGAAAAUUUAAAUAAAUGUAACACAUGAUUAACGAUUUAUGAGAUUUUAAAGAUUUUAUAAAUGUAUCACAAUUUGAUUGUGACCCUAGCACAAAUUCAUGUAAUAUUAUUAUUUUGGUAAGAUAAUUUAUUGACGAAAACUUUUAAAGUACGUGUACACGGUCCUUUAUCGGGCUUCUUCCAUGUAUAACAGCUUAAACGAUAUGUCGUACGUAUUGUUCGAAAUGAUUUUUUAUCGAUGUCUCUCCGAUCUAUACAGGAUGUAAUUGUUAAGUGUGGCCAGGCGAUUAUUCCGUAACUAUUACAAAUAUUAAAAAACUUUUUUUUAUAUAUGUAUAAAAGGGGGCAAACGGGCAAGAGGCUCACGGGAUGGGGAGAGGUGAGGCAACCGCCCAUGGACAUCCGCAACAACAGGUGUCAAGAGAUGCGUUGCCGGCCUUUAAAGUGGGAGUAUCCUAAAGAGCAUAAAGUCUUGUCGGUACAGCCGGUAAUUGAUUCCACAAAGCGGGCAAGAAAUUUCUUACGAAACGCGCGGUUGUGGAAUGCUAGACGUCAACGUAAUGUUCGGUGCUGGAAUUCGAACGGAAGAAUCAACCCGAACAGCUCCUCUAAGCACUCCCCGUGAUAUAUGCGGUAGAAAAUGCAGAGAGAACCCACAUCUCUACGCAACGCCAAAGAAUCAAGCCGAUCGGAGAUGACUUGAUCGUCGAUGUAUCGAGCCGCUCUUCGUUGUAUGCGGUCAAAUGGAAGAAGCUGGUACUGGGGAGCACCCGCCCAAGAGUGAGAACAGUACACCAUGUGAGGCCGAAAUUGCGCCGAGUAGUCUCGCCUUACUGAUUACACCAAGCUUUUUCGAGGCCAGUGUGGACUUCUCUUCCAAGUGACCCGAACUGAACGUCGCUCGAUAUGUCGACGCCAAGUAUGCCAAUACAGGCUACUUUAAAUUUAUAUCGAAAGUACGUACUGAUAUCAAAAUUAUGGACACUUCUCGUUUGAUUUUUAAAAAGUUUUUGAUGUCGUUUUAGUGAUUAGGUAACGUACUUUCGAUAUCAGUGUGAAGUUUUUUGAUAUCUGUAAUAGUUACGGAAUAAUUGCCUGGUCACACUUAACUAUUACAGCCUGUAUAGUGAUGUGAAAUUUUAUAUCCAAUGUAAAUUUUAAUUACGUUUUUCAAAUUAAUAGUUAUUUGAUUUAAAUAUAACCUAAAUAGUUCCGUAUACAAAGUAAUCAACCGUGUACCGUCUUAUGAAUAUAUAUACUAUGAAUGAUAUAUAUUUUAUGUAUGGUUAAAAGGUGAAUUAUAUUGUCACGAACUGUGUCGCAUAUUAAUAUACCACAGAGGUGAUAUAAGGACAUUGUUAUAUUAGAUAAACCGAAUUUUGUUGAUGAAUCCUGUAUCAGUUGACUAAGAAUAUAUAAUCCCUUAUUUACUAUAA